CCGGCAGCUCCCAGGCGGUGCCGCGGGCCGGAGAGACUCCCAGACCAUGGGUGAUGUGCAGAAGGGGCUGCUCUCCGUCAUCCAGAAGCUGAAGGGUUCGCCGGAGCAGGAGCUCCGCAUCGUCCUGCUGGGGCUGGACAACGCGGGCAAAACAACGCUGCUGAAGCGCCUGGCGUCCGAGGAGGUCAGCACCAUCACCCCCACACAGGGAUUCAACAUCAAGAGCGUCCACUCCCACGGUUUGAAGCUGAAUGUCUGGGAUAUCGGGGGGCAGCGCUCCAUCCGCCCGUACUGGAAGAAGUAUCUGGGCAGCACAGACCUGCUGAUUUAUGUAAUUGACAGCGCCGACCAGAAGCGCUUUGAGGAGACCGGGCAGGAGCUGGCAGAGCUCACGGAGGACGAGUCCCUCACAGGGGUCCCACUGCUGGUGUUUGCCAACAAGCAGGACCUGGUGACCGCAGCACCCGCAGCCGAAAUCGCAGAAGGGCUGAGCCUCCACACCUACCGGGACCGCGAGUGGCAGAUCCAGGCCUGCUCGGCCCUGUCUGGGGAAGGGGUGCAGGAUGGGAUGAACUGGAUUUCCAGCCACAUCAUGAACAGGAAGAAGUGA